GACAGCAAUUCACUUUGCGACCAGAAAAUCCUCAAGAUAAAACCUCCAUUCCAUUUGAGGAACUACAUACUCUUUAGAAUCUUCGGAGAGAGGACUCACUAUCAAUUCACAACACAAAUUCUUGCUCCCAUAUAUCAUACUCAGUCAAAUUUGAGUCGACGAAUAUAUGAAAAUUGGUUCCGACAAUCGCUCUCCUCCGCACUCAAUCCCAAUUUUUCCAUAUCGCUAUCAGGUUGCUCUUCACCAUCGUCCGCCGAUUUCUACGUCGAUUAAACAUUUCGAACUCCGCCUCAUGUCGACGGAUAAGCUCAUCAUUAAACUACGGUACAACAAAAGCAAGCGCGAGACGAUUGAAAAGAUUGCGAAUAUGGAAAUCAAAGUAGCUCGAGGAGAUGUCAUUGGGGGUCAAAAUGCCAGAAAUAACAAACAAGGAAAUGCACCUCCCAAAUCCCCUAACCUCGGAGAGGUGCUGUCUCAGCUUCGCAGAAUUCUACGAGUUGGGGACUGUGAUGAAGUAGCAAAAGUUAUGGCAUGUUCUGAGAUUAUAAAGAAGACACUUCAAUCAUUGAGUGACUCUGUCGACACAAAAAAGGGAGCAGAAGGUUCGAGUGGCCAGCAGCAACUGUCGGCAAACGAGAAUGAUGACCUGAAAGGGGUUGAGUCUCAAUGUGAAGAUCCACAACUCAGUACUGCGAAACUGUUAGCGGAGAAUAAGAGACUAGAGGCUGCAAACAAUGAAUUGAUCUGUGACGUCGACAAGAAUGAGGCUGAGCUUUCGGAACUGAGGCAGGAGGUGGGACGAAUCAGAGAUAAUGAUAGGAAGCUGGAAGAGAUCAGAAACAGCUUAGAGACUUCACGCAACUCCACGAAUAAAGCUCUCAAUGUCUUGAUUUCUCUCAAGAAGAAAGAUAAUACACACUGGGAGAGUGUUUUGGCACUGAAGAAGGAACUGAAGGUAUGCAAAACAGAGAGGGACGAGGCUCUAACGAAUAUGGAGCGUCAAUCCGAGAGCUCUGAGAAUGAAAAAAAGACGUUGUUUGAUGAAAACACAAAGUUGAAGGGAAAAUUGGCAAAUUUAAAGAGAACAUUGGAUGAUGUUGAUGAUUUGGAGCAUGCUGAUUCCAUGAAAAAGAGAUAUGUCGCUACGGUUUUCUAGAAACUGAUGGUUGAUGCUGUUAUCUACGAUCAAGGUUUAGGGGUCAUUCUUUUUGACCGAAUGUUUCGAACGAUGGUUUGAAAUUUCUUUCAAGAAGAGUUUCGGUGCAUUUUGCAUUCACAAUCAUUUUAGUCAAAGGGUUAGCGACACUGGUUUAGUGCUUUGAUGCUAUGAACUUUCGAUCACGAAAUUUUAGGAAUGAAAAUUUAAUUUUGAUUCGGUAAACA